AAGAGAGAGAAAGAAGAGAUACUGUGGUAUAUUCUUUGUACGUGCACCUUUUAUAACUAAAAUCUAAUUAGCUCAUCAACCCAGAAGGCAAACAAAUCCUCCAUUAACGGACACUUUUUCUCCUGCACAAACGCCCACUGUGUGUGUGUGAGAGAGAGAGAGAGAGAGAGAGAGAUUCUUAUGCUGAUAAUGCAAUGUUUUCAAGAUUUGGGAAUGGCUUGAUGAAGGGGAUUUGGGGAGGGUCUUGGCCACCCCUCUGAAUUCCCCAUAUUCUUUCUUAUAUUCUUCCUUGCUGAUCAUCUCCGCAACCCCCCCCAAAAAAAAAAAAAAAAAAAAAAAAAAAAAGUGGGGAAAGUGAAGGAAAUCGCCAGAAAGUCAAAGAAUCUGCGAGAAAGUGGAGAGAAGGUUGGCGAGUUGGCUUGUUUUACUUUCCCAGCUUUUUAGCUACUUUAUGGAGGCUUCUGGGCUGCCAUGGUUUCUCUAAAGAGAAGCUUCUUCCACUUGAAAUGAUCAUUUUCCUACUAGAGGUUGUUUUUCACAAGCACCGUGCAUGGUUUUAAGUAGCCCGAGCUGUUAUUUGAUACAGAGUAUUUGAGAAUAGAAGCGGUUAUUCUGACAAAUUGGCUUCGAACUACAGGAUAUCUCGAGUUAGUUAGCUACCAAGUUUGGUGCUUUCAGAAACUUGUUCCAUUUUGAAGUUUGCUGGCCGGGUUGCUUGAGAAAUGAAAAUCUUUAUGGCAUUUAGAACAUUUUAGGCAAUGGAAACUGGCUCUUUUCUGGUUAUCGAGACCUUAAUCUGAGGCAAAUACAUCUCCUUUGGCAGCGGGUGAACCUGAUUGCUUCAUCGGUUUUUCUUAAGGGAAAACUGGGCAAAUCUCCUUUGGCAAAUGUUGAAAGUCCUCUAGUUGGAUAGUUAUCUUUUUGCGGUUCUUUUAGGUAUUACAUUCCCAGUUCAGCAAAGAAUCGGGUCAUUCAGCAGGGAACUCGGGCUUCAACUUCAAAUUGUGUCAGGAAGAACUCAAUUUGCAUUUCAUACCAGACUCAUUUAAGCUGUGGGAAAGUUCCUUUAGCAUUUUGGAGUCUUUAAGUAGAUUCCAUAAAUACAAAAAAAAAAAAGUCUUUUGGGCAAAUCUCCUUUGGCAAUUUAUCUCCAAAAUUUGGGGACGCUAUCUAGAUCUCUGUUUCACAAGAUCAGAUCGAUCUAGAAAGCAAAUUAUUUAAAAGCAUAUAUAUAAUAUAUUAUCUUGACCGUUUAGCAAAGUUGUGACAACAUCUCUAUCAAUCAAUUUGGAAAAGCUACAAUCAAAAGACAAGGACCUUGAAGUUACACUUGUGGUAUAAAUUGCAGGCUUUUUCACAUUAUGGAUUUGAACUUGAGUGACAUUGAUAGUUUCAGUGAGAGCAGCAACUCUGAGGAUCAGGAUUAUGCUGAACACCUAUUUGGUGGAAAUGCUUAUUCCAUUCUAUCUAGCCUCGAGGAAAGCAUCGAGAAAAUCGAUGAUUUCCUCUCUUUCGAAAGGCUGUUUUCCCAAGGGGACAUAGUUUGUUUAGUAAAGGAUCCAUCUGGUCAGACGGGAAGAGUUGUCAAUGUUGAUCUAGUUGUUGACUUGGAAAACGUUUGUGGACAUAAAAUCCGAGAAGUUAACUCCAAAAAGCUUCAAAAAAUACGUUCAAUGUCGGUGGGGGAUCAUGUAGUGUAUGGACCAUGGCUAGGAAAAAUCGAAAAAGUAGUUGACAGGUUAACGGUCCUGUUCGAUGAUGGUGCUAAGUCUGAGUUCACGACAAUGGGUCCCGAGAAGUUCACACCCGUUUCUCCAGACUUGCUUGAAGAUCCUCAGUAUCCUUUCUAUCCAGGUCAAAGAGUGAUGGUUCAGACUCAACGUGUUCCCGAAUCGACCAAGUGGCUGUGUGGUGCAAGAUAUGAUAAACGAGACCUCGGGACCAUCUGCACUGUAGAUGCUGGAGUUGUGUAUGUCGAGUGGCUCGGUUGUGCAACGAAUCACGACGAGAAGAAAGUAUCUGCUCCUGCACAUUUGCAGGAUUCGAAAAAUUUGACCUUGUUGUCGUGUUUUUCUGGUACAAAGUGGGAGAUUGGUGAUUGGUGCUUAUUUCAGACGAGAAGCCAAGAGGUUCAAGAACUGGCAGUAAUUAUGAGGACAAAGGCGAAAGUCGAUGUUCUGUGGCAGGAUGGUAACAUAACAGCGGGAUUAAGUUCAGAUUCUCUGUUCCCUGUAAAUAUCGUCGAUGCCCAUGACUUUUGGCCCGAUCAGUUUGUGCUGGAAAAGGGAGUUUGCGAUGAUGACUCGAGCAUUUCGAGUCUCCAUAGAUGGGGCGUAGUCAAAUCCGUGGAUGCAAAGGAGCGGACCGUGAAGGUGAAAUGGAGUACUUUUCAUGCCAACGAACUUAAUUUUGAUGUUGAAGAAACUGUGAGCGCUUACGAAUUGAUGGACCACCCGGACUUCCCGUACUGUGUUGGUGACGCUGUGUUUCGUAACAAUCUCCCGUGCAAUGAUUACUCAUCGAGCAUUGGUAUAAUUGUUGGCUUCGAGGAUGGAAAGGUUAAAGUGAAAUGGGCUACUGGUGCUAUAAGCAUGGUUGCUCCAUAUGAGAUCUACCAUAUAGAUAAAUCCAAAGAUGCAUCAACCACUAUCAUACCUUACGGUGAAAAUCUUGAGCAAUCAAAUGUGGAAGUGAAUUUGCAUGGCGAUCAAUUUUCAAGAGACGAAGGAAAGGAUUCAUUGGAUUUUGAUGGCAAUGGUAUAAGUUGCGAAGAGAAACCCUUGGCCUCGGGUUCCUGUUCCCUUUCCCAAGCUGCUAUUAGACUUUUCUCGAGUAUCGGUUCGAGUCUGUUCAGUUCCUUGAGUACAUCCCUGUUUGGUGGAUACCAGCAUAUAUCCCAGGAGAAAAACCCAGAGAUUCUCGAUGAGGAAACUGUACUGCAUUGCACUCUGGACACUGAUCCUCCACCUCCAGCUGUUACAGACUCGAAGAAAUCUGGAGAAGGAAAUUCGGAGCAAGUGAUGGAAGAAGCUGAGCUAAAAAACGGGGAUGCACCCUCGACUAGUAGCAAGCUGCCAGAAAACUUCAGGCAGUUUGACAUGGUUAACGAUUGCUCAGACCACCAUUUUGUCGAUGGAACUGGAAAGGAUGUACAGUCAUCCCAGGUGAAAAGAGGUUGGAUGAAGCGGGUCCAGCAAGAAUGGAACAUUUUGGAGCACGAUCUUCCUGACACAAUCUAUGUGCGUGUCUAUGAAGAGAGAAUGGAUUUGCUUCGUGCUGCUGUUGUUGGCGCUCCCGGAACCCCAUAUCACGAUGGGUUGUUCUUCUUCGAUAUCUGCUUUCCUCCAGAGUAUCCACACGAGCCACCUAUGGUCUACUACCAUUCUGGUGGGCUUCGUGUGAAUCCCAAUUUGUACGAGUCUGGGAAGGUGUGCCUCAGUCUCUUGAAUACGUGGACAGGCUCUGGGAACGAAGUUUGGAACCCGAAAAGUUCCACGAUUUUACAAGUGCUCCUCUCGCUUCAAGCUCUCGUGCUGAACGAGAAGCCUUACUUCAACGAGGCAGGGUACGAUACGCAGAUUGGCAAAGCAGAUGGCGAGAAGAACUCUGUCAGCUAUAACGAGAACGCCUAUCUGGUUACCUGCAAGUCCAUGCUAUACUUACUACGCAAACCACCCAAGCAUUUCGAAGCACUCAUCGAAGAACACUUCAGCAAGCGGGGCGAGCAUAUUCUGUUGGCUUGCAAGGCCUAUAUGGGUGGGGCUCCUGUGGGUUCUGCAUUAUCCGGGCGCCUCAACUCUGAUCAAGAACCGAUCAAAGGAAGCUCUAAAGGAUUCAAGAUCAUGCUUGCCAAGCUUUUCCCUCAACUCGUGGAGGCGUUUUCUGAUAAAGGUAUUGAUUGCAGCCAAUUCUUGAACCCCAGUGAGUGAAUGAGAAUCAUACACCUCUGGGAAAAAAAUCAAUGAUACCAUAUACAAUACAAUAAGAAGCAGCAUAGUAUCUGCUACUAUGGUGUGAUAUUCUGUGUUAAUAUACUGUGUGUUGUGUAAUAGUAUUAUUAGUGUCUGAGAAGGAAGGAGUGUGAAAAUGUGUUGUAUGCAGUUGUCUCUGUAAUAUAUGAUUGCUUUAAAUAAGUGAAUGAAUAACAUGUAGCUUUGUGUGGUAGGCUUAAAGACUUUUAAA